AUGACUCCUACUAUAUUAGUCACAGGAGCUUCUCGAGGGAUUGGUCUAGCAAUUGCAGAAGCCUGUUUGCGACAGAAUGCUCAGGUAUUUGGUAUUGGUCGAUCAACGCUCGACUCACUCUUGGAGGUCCAAGCUCUUUCAAGUCAGUAUCCAGCUACUUUCCGCUAUCAAGUGUUUGAUCUGUCUAUUUCUGGAGAAGCAUCCAAUGCAGUUGAUGCAUGUGUAGCGGCGUUUGGAACAAUCAAUACCGUUGUGCACAAUGCAGGUGUGUUGGAACCACUCUCCAAGGUUGCUGAUGCUGAUCUGGACAAAUGGCGGUCAUUGAUGCAAGUCAAUGUAUUUGCUGGAGUUGAGAUGGUUCAGCGUGCACUACCCUAUUUGCGGCAGAUAGAUGCUCUAACAGGCCGAGGUGGUAGAAUUGUGAUGGUUAGUUCGGGUGCUGCAGUUAGCGCAUAUGUGGGAUGGGUGCCAUAUUGCGUAUCCAAGGCAUCCAUGAAUAUGCUAGUUGAAGGACUUGGUCUUGAGGAGCCGCUUAUUACAAGUGUUGCUAUUCGUCCAGGAGUGGUUGAUACGGACAUGCAGGGGGAAAUUCGUGAUAAAGGAGCAUCAGCCAUGUCUCAGUCCAAUCAUGCCUACUUCCUUAAACUAAAAGAGUCUGGCAAUCUUCUAUCCGCCAAACUCCCAGGAGCAGCUAUUGCCAACGUUGCAUUACACAGUGUUUCUGGUAUGUCUGGAAAGUUUAUCAAUUGGGACGAUCCCAUGAUUGACCAGCUUGGUAAAAAAUAA